UUUGCCAAAAAACUGAUUUAAGCUUCAACCUGAAGGUUGUUUGUAGCUCAGGAAAGAAGUGUGACAGCUACAGCCUUAAGAAAACAGAAGCUCUGCCUGGAGGCAGGGCGGGAACAGCCAGCCCACAAAUACACCAGUAGAUCGGAAGCAAGAGGCUAAAUUUAGAUGUAGGGGGAAACUCACGGAAGUCCUGGAAACUUAACUAUUCUUUGACUUUAAAGUUACCAAUGAAUAAGAAGCAGACCUGAAUGAUAACAACAAAAACCACUACCAUAGCCAACCAGAACAAAGAUAGUAAUAAAAAGUUAAUUAAAUCUUAUUCUUAAGACUUCUUAAUCUCAAUCAUAGCUUACCAGGUUACCUUCCAACUGUUUCUCAGUUGUCUAGACAUGUAAAUGCAUUCCUUCACUGCAUUCAGACAAAGUAUGACAUCUGGUUCUUCUGGUUUUAUCUUUGAUUAAAUACCUCAUCAACUACACAAAGUGUAGGCGUUGAUUACGGUAAAACGUGAUCACAGAAGCUGAGCAUAUUCUUUUGUCUUUUAAAGUCUAAGACAAUGACUGUAGUUGUUAGCAAUGGAGCUCCAACAGCUUGUGUGCUUGUUCAGUGUGAUGAUCGUACUCUUUUUCAAAGGUUGUGCUUCAAAGCUGCCCGAUGGAGCCAAAAUCAUUUUAACUGGAUCUGGAUCGACUCGAUGCUCUGGAAGAGUAGAAAUUUAUCACAAUAAUAACUGGGUGUCAGUUUCUGAUUAUAACUGGGACUUAAAUGAUGCAGAGGUGGUUUGCAGACAAUUAAACUGUGGGACGGCACUAGAAGCUCCUCGAUCAGCUCACUUUCAUGCAGAAACUGAAAAGAUUUGGCUUGAUAAUGUCAACUGUUCAGGAAACGAAAGUUCUCUAAAUGAGUGUCAACACAGUGAAUUUGGAAGACACAAAUGUGGAUAUGAUCGGAGUGCUGGUGUGAUCUGUUCAAAUCUUAUCAGGUUAGCUGGGUCUGGAUCAACUCGAUGCUCUGGCAGAGUAGAAAUUUAUCACAAUAACAUCUGGGGAAGAGUCUCUGAUGGUGGCUGGGACUUAAAUGAUGCAGAGGUGGUUUGCGGACAAUUAAACUGUGGGACGGCACUGGAAGUUCCUCAUUCAGCUCACUUUGGUGCAGGAACUGGACGGAUUUGGCUUGAUAAUGUGGCCUGUUCAGGUACUGAAAGUUCUCUAACUGAAUGUAAACACAGUGGAUUUGGAUCACACAGCUGUGGACAAGGUCAGGAUGCUGGUGUCAUCUGUUCAGAUCUGAUCAGAUUGGCUGGCUCUGGAUCGACUCGAUGCUCUGGCAGAGUAGAAAUUUAUCAUAAAUAUAUCUGGGGAACAGUCUCUGAUUAUAACUGGGACCUAAAUGAUGCUGAUGUGGUUUGCAGACAGAUAAACUGUGGAUCGGCAGUAGAUGCUCUUCAACUUGCAUACUUUGGUGAAGGAACUGGACAGAUUUGGCUCAGUGAUGUGACCUGUUCGGGAAAUGAAAGUUCUUUAACUGAAUGUGAACACUCUGGAUGGGGAAACUACUACUCUGGACAUUACUACGAUGUUGGUGUAAUCUGUUCAGGUCCAAUCAGAUUAGCUGGAUCGACUCGAUGUUCUGGCAGAGUAGAAAUUUUUCACAAUAAAAUCUGGGGAACAGUCUGUGAUAAUGGCUGGGACCUAAAUGAUGCUGAAGUUGUCUGCAGAGAGUUAAACUGUGGGAUGGCACUAGAGGCUCCUCGAUCAGCUCACUUUGGUGCAGGAACUGGACAGAUUUGGCUUGAUGAUGUGGCCUGUUCAGGAAAAGAAGGUUCUUUAACUGAGUGUCAACACGGUGGAUUUGGAGUAAAUACCUGUAAACACGGUGAAGAUGCUGGUGUGAUCUGUUCAGCUGUACCAAUGAUCUUAACUGGAUCUGGAUCGAGUCGAUGCUCUGGCAGAGUAGAAAUUUAUCACAAUAACAUACGGGGAACGGUUUGUGAUAAUGGCUGGGACUUAAAUGAUGCAGAGGUGGUUUGCAGACAGUUAAACUGUGGGACAGCACUGGAAGCUCCUCAUUCAGCUCACUUUGGUGCAGGAACUGGACAGAUUUGGCUUGAUAAUGUGGGCUGUUCAGGUACUGAAACCUCUCUCACUAAGUGUCGACACAGUGGAUUUGGAUCACACAGAUGUGGACAUGGUCAGGAUGCUGGUGUGAUCUGUUCAGAUCUGAUCAGAUUAGCUGGCUUUGGAUCAACUCGAUGCUCUGGCAGAGUAGAAAUUUUUCACAAUAACAUCUGGGGAACAGUCUCUGAUUUUAACUGGGACCUAAACGAUGCUGAUGUGGUUUGCAGACAGAUAAACUGUGGGUCCGCACUAGAGGUUCCACGACUUGCUUACUUUGGUGAAGGAUUGGGACCGAUUUGGCUUGGUGAUGUGACCUGUUCAGGAAAUGAAAGUUCUCUAACUGAAUGUCAACACUCUGGAUGGGGAAACUACUACAGUGAACAUCACUACGAUGUUAGUGUCAUUUGUUCAGCAUGCGGCAGGGCUGUGGAAAGCACAGAAAGUUGGCCCUGGCAGGUCACUAUAAGCCACAAUGGAGAGUUUCGGUGUGGGGGGUCCUUAAUCACCAACCAGUGGGUGCUGACAGCUGCUUCCUGCAUAUCACAUAACCUGACAGAGGUCCAUCUCGGCUGCCACAACCAGUCAGAUUUAAGCUCCAGCAAAAUGUCUCGAACAUUAGAAGACAUAAUCUGCCAUCCUGAAUUCAACAACAACACACAUGAGAACAACAUUUGUCUUCUGAAGCUGUCAGUUCCUGUGACUUUCACAGACUACAUUCAGCCAGUCUGCUUAGCCUCAUCAAAAAGCACUUUCCACAGUGGGACAAGCAGCUGGAUUACUGAUAUAUGUGAAAAUGUAAAUGUACCAGUAGUGGGAAACAAUGAGUGCCAGUGCUACUAUGAAGGUGACAAAGUGAUCAUGGAGAACAUGAUCUGUGCUGGGCUCAGCGCUGGAGAGAAGGAUUCAUGUCAGGGUAACUUAGGGGGACAACUAAUGACAAAGAGAGGAUUUGAAUGGCUCCAGAGUGGAGUUGUGACUUUUAAUGAUGACUGUGCAAGACCUGCAGUCUUCACUCGUGUGUCAGAGUACCAAAAUUGGAUCAAGGACACCGUCACUGGCACUCAACCAAACUUUGUUACCUUCACCCCCUUGGGCCCUGACAGUGACUUUUAUUUCACCUGUCCAACAUCAUCAACUCUUCCUGUCCCCACCGCUGUCUCUACUGCUGUCCCCACCGCUGUCCCCACCGCUGUCUCUACUCCUGUCCCCACCACUGUCCCAACUACUGCCCACACUACUGUCCAUUCUAGUGUCCCCACUGCUGUCCCUUCUAGUAUCCCCACAACUGACCCUACUGCUGCUUAUUCUACUGCUGUCCCCAACACUGUCCCUUCCACCUUCCCCACCACUAUCCCUACUCCUGCCCCCAGCACUGUCCCUACUGCCAUUUCCCCCAGUGUCCCUUCCACUGUCUCCACCACAAUUCCCACAAUUGUCCCUACAGCUGUCCUUACAACUGCACCUUGUACUGUCCCCACCGCUGUCCCUUCUAGUAACCCCACCACUGAUUUUCCUACUGUCCCUACUGCUGUCCCCACCACUGCCCAUCCUAAUAUUUCCACAAUUGUCCCUACAGCUGUCCUUACAACU